AGUUCCUAUAUAGAAAAUUUUAAUUUCAAUAAUCAAGUAGAUGUUGUAUUUUUUGAUUACAGUAAGGCAUUUGACAAAGUAAACCAUUCACUCUUAAUGCAAAAAUUAAUAAAGGCCGGGUUCAAUUCUAUGCUCAUAGGCUGGGUGGACUCAUUCCUCUCCAACCGUACGUUCAAAGUAAAAGUGAACAAUUCUCUAUCUUCUGUUAGGAACGCCCCAUGUGGUGUCCCCCAAGGGAGCGUACUUUCACCUAUACUUUUCGGCAUAUUUGCAAAUGAUCUUGGUGCAAACAUUCCAAAAACUGUUAAAUAUAUGCAGUACGCUGAUGACCUCAAACUAUAUUGCUCUUUUGAAAAAACUAAUUCCACAAAUGAUCUGCAGGAAGCGAUCGAUGUUAUUUUAAAUUGGUCCAACAAUUCACUACUUUAGUUAAACCAUGAUAAAACCGUUUGCAUAAGUUUAGGUAAACACCCCAAAACUCUAAUAUACAAGCUUGAGGACUCUAUCAUAAAGCGAGAAUCUUUAGUGAGGAACCUCGGAUUCUUCAUUAAUAAUAAAUUGAAUUUUGAAGAACACUGGCAAAAAUCGAUAAAUAAGGCAAAAUAUUCCAGUUAUAAUGUUUUCAAAUCGUUUCAUUCAAACAACAUAAAGUUAAUGGUAUUUCUAUUUAAAACAUUUAUAAGACCUUUCCUUGAAUACGGAAUUCCGGUUACAAACCUCCUGAAAAAAGUAUUAAAUAGAAUCUGGCCAAAAUUCCUUCACCCGAAAACUUAUGUUUAGAAUAGCUGGACGCGUGGUUAAAAGGACAGACAAAGACUACUUAAACUCAGCUGAAAGAUCAAAAUUGUAUGGUCUGAAGCUUCUAGAAGAUAGAAGAAAGCUUUUAGAGAGUUUCUUUGAGCUACUUCCGACGUUCGUUUAG